AUGGCCGCCGCUCGAGGAGGGAUCAAGUCGCACGCCGACUUGCUCUCGGUCAACUUCAACCAGGACAGCACGUGCGUAGCAGUCCACUAGCCGUAUCCGAUCAAGCCUGACCAUCUAUCUACGCUGCCCCUGUCUGUCCCCCCCCAUCCGAUCUGAUCCCCAUCCAGCUGCAUCUCGACCGGCACCCGACGGGGCUACACCAUCACCAACUGCGACCCCUUUGGCAGGGUGUACGGCAAGAGUGAGUCGUCCAUGCCCGGCACGCGCGACUAGAGAGGCCUUGCGUCAGUUCUGGAACGCAAUCUCGUCAAUACCAUGCAGAUGAAGGUGCGACAUCGAUCGUCGAGAUGCUCUUCUGCACCUCGCUCGUCGCCUUGGUCGGAGCAGGCGACCGGCCCAGCUCGAGCACGCGCAGGCUCCAGAUCGUAAACACAAAGGUGCGCAUCCGGUCCGACCGAGCAAUCUUUCUCCGUUCGACUCAUUCUUCUCCACGCCGUCCCACAGCGACAAUCGACCAUCUGCGAGUUGACGUUCCCGACCGCCAUCUUGGCCGUCAAGAUGAACCGGCGCAGGCUCGUCGUCGUGCUCGAGGAGAGGAUCUACAUCUACGACAUCUCCAACAUGAAGCUCCUGCACGAGAUAGAGACCAGUCCCAACCCACAAGGUGAGGCACACGUCAACGCGCCAGCAGUACACGCCUAGUCCUGACCCAGACCCCGACCCCACCCCACCCCUCAGCCAUCUGCGCCCUCUCACCUUCUUCAGAAAACAGUUUCCUCGUCUACCCUUCUCCCCUCCCCUCCCCAACAACCCCCUUCUCCGCGACUCCUCCCGCCGCUCCUCCCUCGUCCUCCUCCGCCUCCAACAACGGCGACGUGCUCCUCUUUGACGCCGUCUCCCUCUCCGUGACCAACAUCAUCCAAGCCCACAAAGCGCCCAUAUCGUGCGUAGCCCUCAACCCCUUCGGAACCCUCGUCGCCACCUCCAGCGACAAAGGUACCGUCAUCCGCGUCUUCUCCCUCCCCAACGGCGACCGCGUCCACGAGUUCCGAAGGGGCAGCUACCCCGCCAAGAUCUACUCGAUCACUUUCAACGCCGUUUCGACCCUCUUGGGCGUUUCCUCCGAUACGGAAACGGUGCACAUCUUCAAAUUGACGAACGCAGGAAAGAAUGGAGGAGUGGGGGUUAAAGGCGGUAGGCUCGCGAGUGGGAGUAGUGGGAGGAGUAUGAACUCCGAUCUCGGAUCGUUCGAUGAGAAUGGCGAUGGUCCGAUCGGAGGUUACGAAGCCUUCAUCGACGCCAAGAAGAACGAAUCGAGCGUCGGCGGAUCACUGCGUCGUCGUUCCUUCCACCUAGGUCGGAAUCUCGCCGGUUCGGUGGGAGGUCUUCUCCCCAGCACCGUCACCGGGCUCUGGGACCCUCAACGCGAUUUCGCCUUCCUCAAACUCCCCACCGCGGGCGUACGCUCCGUCGUCGCUCUAAGCUCGACGACACCUCAGGUGAUGGUCGUGACGAGUGAAGGCGUGUUUUAUAGCUAUGCGAUCGAUUUGGAGCAUGGCGGGGAGUGCGUCUUGCAGAAGAGUUAUUCGUUGUUGGAAGGCGUUGCGGCGGGCGACGAUGCAUGA